GUUUGUGGCAGUCGAGUUUAGUCAGCAUGUCGCAACAGAAGCCAAAACAAGCAAGCGGAUUCGACUCCCCCUCCGGCGGACGAUGGCGUCUCCAUCAGAAGCACAGGAGUCGAGUGGCCGCCUUCUUUGGGGAGCUGGUGGGCACAGCCAUGUUCGUACUCAUCGCCUGCUGGGGCUGUGUCCAGACGCCGAUCUUCAACAACACGCACUUUCAAAGCGGCCUCACCUUCGGCCUGGCAAUCCUCAUAGCCAUCCAGUGCUACGGUUCUGUGUCCGGGGCACACCUCAAUCCAGCCAUUACCCUCGCUGCCGCCCUGUACGGCGUGCUCCACUGGGGUAUGGCCAUUGCCUAUUUUGUGGCUCAGGUGGCGGGCGCUUUCAUUGGGUACGGCCUGUUGGUAGCCGUCCUCCCCCAUAACGCCAUUAAGGGCGUGGACAACCCGGCAGGUGUCUGCGUGACAGUCCUGGCCAGUGACAUCUCUGUGCUGCAGGGUGUAUUUAUUGAGUUCCUCAUCACCUGUUGCCUGGUGAUGGUUGCCUGCUCGGUGUGGGAUCCCCGCAAUGCCAAGCUCAAGGACUCGGUGCCCGUGCGCUUCGGUCUGACAGUGUCCUGUCUCAUCAUUACAGCGGGCCUCUUCACAGGAGCCAGCAUGAAUCCCACUAGGUCCCUGGGUCCUGCUGUGUGGAACGAUUCGUGGGAGCACCAUUGGAUCUAUUGGGUGGGUCCUCUCGUGGCAGGCGCUGUCACUUCCCUCAUCUACCGAUUCGCCUUCAAAGGAGACGAGGUGAUCGAGCUACGGAGCUCGAAUGCCAAGAUUCGAGUGAUCGAGGAGGUGGCACUGCCCUAAUUUGUUGUUAAUCGAUGUCUUAGCUGUAGUUUUAGAAUCUUAAGUUCUUCCAAUAAAGAGGAUUACUCGUU